AUGGAAGUCUAUUAACGGUUGGAAGCUGCUUAUCAUAUUUUUAGAUUUCCCUCUAUAUACAUUUAUGUAUAUUUAUAUAACACAUAAAUAUAUCGAUAUAAAUAGAUCUAUACACAUAUAUUUACAAAGUUUCCCAAAGUUGCAAGUGGACUGAUUCCGCGUCCUUUAGAUGAUAUCUAAUAACUUGAUGCACUCUGGCGACGACUUGUUGAUAUGAGAGGAAAGUGGGACAGAGUUGGUAGCAGCCUACGCUAGCACUAGAAGCUAAUUGGCUAACGCUAGCAGUAGAAGCUAACUGGCUAGCGCCAGAAGUAGAAGCUGGGGGGUUAGCGGCUAGGUGGCUAACGAGGUCCAGCCCUCUCGUUGUUUACCACGAGCUGCGCUGCUGUCACUCGGCUCGCCGUCCUGGACCAGGACUAAGGACCAGACUCACCCUGGAGCUCUCCUGUGGGUAGUAGGAGUACUAGUAGUGGUACUCGUAGCAGAAGUACUAGUGGUAGUAGUAGUGAACUAGUGGUAAACAAGUAGUAAACUAGCAAGAUGUCUACAGAGGUCGAGGGUAACUCGGGGCUGACGACUGGCGUGGAGAGCCACCAAAACAAGUCAGAAGAACAAGUCCAUCUGGCCGCAGAGCAGAGCCAGAAGCACCAGGACCGAGCCCCGGACGGACCCGGUUGUUCGGGCAGCCCGGUGGACCUGAACAAGAGAUGCAAAGAGAACGACAAGGAGAACGAGCAGAACCCCCGCAGUGGAAACGUGGAGGUCGGAGAGACUGCGAGGGAGAAGGUCCUAGACGCUCCUCCGCCCAAAGUGAACGCAUGGGCUAAGAGGACCCCGGGCCGGGUCCCCCAUAACCCCGCUACCCUCGGUCCGCAUGAAAAGGAUCAACAGAGCCCCCUUAAAGUGGUCCGUGCAGCCAAACCCAGGACCAGGAAGUCCAGUAAGUCUGGGGACUUCAGUGACAUCACAAACUGGCCCACCCCUGGGGAGCUGGUCAAAGAGACCCAGAGCACCUCCCCCAACACGGAGGAGAAGAAGCCGGCUCCUGCUCGGCGGGAGAAGGAGAAGAGAAAGGGCGACCAGGAGGAGAAGGGAGGAGAGCAGGAGGAGCAGAAGACAGACGGCGACUCCAAGGAGAACCAGGAGGCCCCGCGGGAGGCUGACAAGGCCCCCGCCGUACCCAGGGACAAAGAGCCUGAGGUGGGCGUGGACCCCAAGACCACUGCCCUCAGGAAGAGAGGAGGUAACAAACAUAAGUGGGUCUCCCUGGCUGUGGAGGAAGUGAUCGGGGAUGGAGCCUGCGACCCCAGCCUGACAAACCCCGCCCACGAGUCACCUGACACCCCAUCAGCUAACCACACGCUCCAUAGUAACAGGGCGCAUGAUAGCAACAGGAGCUGGAGGCGGGACAGGGACCCCGGCGAGGACGCCGCGCGCGGCACACUGCGAGGCGGCAGGGUCAAAGGUCGCGGCCGCGGGAGAGGUCGCGGACGAGGACGUUUUGAGUAUGGCCAGAGCUCCAAAGAGGGUCCGGACGGCGCCCUCCAACCGGGGGUCCAGGGCGCCAACAUGGUGUACUACUACGACAACGGCAGCAAGGUCCAGAUGUACACCGUGGACGAGAAGCUCCUCAAGGAAUACGUCAAGCGCCAAAUUGAGUACUACUUCAGCCUCCACAACCUGGAGCGAGACUUCUUCCUGCGGCGGAAGAUGGACGCCCAGGGCUACCUGCCCGUCUCGCUGAUCGCUGGCUUCCACCGGGUCCAGGCCCUGACCACUGACCUCAGCCUCAUCAUGGAGGCUCUAAGGAGUAGUGACGAGGUGGAAGUGGCGAUCGACCGGGUGCGCUGUAAGGUGGACCCCGAGCGUUGGCCCAUCCCCGGGUCCAUGGUCGUCGGGUCCCCACACACCGACUUCACCCAGCUCAUCCACUGCCCCGAGUUCAUCCCCGGCCAGGCCUUCACCCCAUCUACAGCCGAAGGACCAGUGGAUCCGGAGGUCAGCAGCCCCCCUGGUUCAGCCACGCCCAAAGCUCUAGCCACGCCCACAGCUCUAGCCACGCCCACAGCUCUAGCCACGCCCACAGCUCUAGCCACGCCCAUAGGUCAAGCCACGCCCACCCUGGACCCUCCGGCCUCCGACACGGACGCCUGGAUCCAGGUGGAGAAACGCCAGCGCCAGUCGACAGGACGCAACAAGGAGACCCCCCCCGCCCCCGGGCCCCCCCCGGCCCCCCCCCAGGAGGAGCUGGACUUCCUGUUCGACGAGGAGAUGGAGCAGAUGGCACCGAGGAAGAACACCUUCACCGAUUGGUCGGACGAGGACUCCGACUACGAGCUGGACGACAACGACGUCAACAAGAUCCUGAUCGUCACGCAGACGCCCCCCCACCUGCGGAAACACCCCGGGGGGGAUCGCACCGGCAACCACGAGUCCCGCGCCAAGAUCACCAUGGACCUGGCCCAGACCAUCAACGACGGCCUGUACUACUACGAGCAGGACCUGUGGAGCGGCCCCGAGCCCGAGCCCUGCCAGCAGGAAGUAGGGAGCUACAAGAAGAUCAGUGUCAUCAGUCAAGAUGAGUUCGAGACCCUCGCCCCAAAACCCCCUGUGGACCCCAACCAAGAAGUUCCACAGAUUCCAAGUUCAGUGGACGUGUCUCCGGUUCCAGUGGAGAUCCAGGACCUGGCCCAGUCCCUGCCCGCCAGUGUCCCCCAGUCCCCCAGAGACCUGCAGGCCAGGACCCCGCGGACCCCCAAGACCCCCCGGACCCCCGGCCGCCUGGACCUCAACAAGACCCCCCGCUUCUACCCGGUCAUCAAGGGGAGCGCCGAGGUGGACGGACAGACGCCCCGCAAGAAGAAGACCCGCCACAGCUCCAACCCGCCGCACGAGCAGCAUGUGGGCUGGAUCAUGGACUCACAGGACCACCGGCCGCGCUCCACCUCCAUCAGCAGCUCCACCGCCUCCCCCUCGGAGGGCCCGGCCCCCCUGGGCUGCACCCCCCACUCCCUCCCCAAGUUCCUGCACCCGUCCAACGAGCUGCUGCGGGACCAGGGCUUCACCCAGCAGGGCUACCACAAGUACCGCCGACGCUGCCUCUCUGAGAGGAAGCGUGUUGGUGCGGGCCAAUCCCAGGAGAUGAACACUCUGUUCCGCUUCUGGUCCUUCUUCCUGAGGGACAACUUCAACCGACGCAUGUACGAGGAGUUCAAACUGCUGGCCGUGGAGGACGCCAGAGACAACUACAGGUACGGCCUGGAGUGUCUGUUCAGGUUCUACAGCUAUGGCCUGGAGAAGAGGUUCCGCCAGGAUCUGUUCCAGGACUUCCAGGACGAAACCAUCAAGGACUUUGAGAAAGGCCAGCUGUACGGUCUGGAGAAGUUCUGGGCCUUCCUGAAGUACUCCCGGACCCCAAGGCAGCGCCUGGACCCCCGCCUGCAGGAGCACCUGUCCAAGUUCAGCACCCUGGAGGACUUCAGAGUGGUGCCCGCCACGGGAGAGGAGGGGGGGCGCCGGAGACACCACUCCUCUUCAGCAGGAGACAAUGGCCGCCGCCGCCGCCACCCCUCUAACCCCUCCGCCGCGCCCAUGGCAACGCCCACGGCGACGGCGGACACGCCCACCACUACCGUAGCCGCACCCACCAACACCAAGAAGAGGGCACCCGCUGCCAAGAAGCCCGCGGUGAACAAACAAGUUGACCCUUGACCCAGCCGCAGCAAGCCCUGCUAUUGGCCGAGAAAUGGAGAUCAGGGCCUCUGAUUGGAGCAUUUCAUUUGGAGUGGAGGCAGUCACCUCCACUGCUGUCAACGUUUACAAUAAAGUGCAUUCCUUGCAUUUCAACUCUCGGAUGCCGUCUUGGAGACCAGGAGUUCCUGUCUUAGUUCACAGGGAUGACCCACAAUGAGUUAGCUCUUAGCUUCAGCUCUUAAGCUAUGAGCUAGCUAGGACUGAAGCAGCCUGCGGCCUUAACGUAGCGUGUUCCUUAGUCUAGAGCUCAAGUCUGACCUCCGACCUGACAAUCAUGUCCCCGCUGCAGACGUUUCCAGACGGCUCCACAACCAAAGUGCCAUUUUAAUUUCCAUGCCAUUAGAAUCCACCACAGUAUUGUUGGUUAUUGAUUCUUGAGUCUAUAUGAUCUAUGAAAUUAUUGUACACCAUUUUAAUAUGGGAUAUCUUCCCGGUGACUUGAGCCCGGUUUUACAUCGAGAAGUAGAAUAAUUUAUUGUUCAUUUCCAUUUAUUUGAUUAAUGGUAUAGUCUGAGUCUACCGUUGGAUUUUGUUUGAACGCAUUUUAUGAAUUUACUUAAGAAGUCUAAAUGUUUUAGCUGCAAUCUGGGGUAUGUGCUUGAGUAUAUUUGAGUAUAUAGUUUCUUAAACAAUGAUUGAUGCUUUUUGCUUUAAUAAUUAACUGGCCUCAAACUGAUUUUCAGAGAUUUUAGUGAAGAAAAAAUGUACAUACUAUAAAAAAAAAAAUACUAUUCAUUUAUUUAGUUUUGAUUUAGAUAACGGAUUCUUUUGGUAGUUUGGUUUGAGUGUUUUAAAAAAAAAUUAUGCAUGUUAAAUCUUUGAAGUUUUUAAUUGUAAAAUACAAAAAAAAAAAAAUACAAAAUGACAAGUGAUUGUU